GGAACUUGCUCGUCUUUGUCCUCUCUCGCGAGCAACACGAAGUCUUUUGGUCCACCAUGAGGAUUUCUGUGACGACUGAGAAUGAGAUUUACCCCCUGGAGGUGGCUCAGGAUUUGGAGCUGGAGAAUUUCAAAGCCUUGUGUGAGAUGGAGGUAGGAAUUCCAGCUGGAGAAAUGAUGGUUGUUUUCAAUGCACAACCACUCACCGAUGAUAAGAAGACUCUCAAAGACUAUGGUGUAAAAGAUGGAGAACUCAUUAUGGUGAUUCGUGGCACUACACUGCUGAGGCGGGCGGCAGAGCAUAUGCAGCAGCAGCGACAACCACAAGGAGGGCAGAGGCAGCAAAACCAAGGGCCUGUUCCAAUGGAGAUCAGCCAGUUCGACUUCAGCAGAAUUGAGCUCCCCAGGUCACGGCAGACUAGCACCUCCUCUGCAACCUAUAAUGACUCCCAGGGUGGAGGUCAGGGCCAGGGUCAAGAACAGGGCCAAGGUCAAGUAGCAGGAAGUGGCCAGGAUGACCCAGCCGUCAUCCGCGAUAUGCUGCUGGCCAACCCUGAGCAGCUGGCCCUCCUGCGCCAUAAUAAUCCCAGGCUUGCAGAAGCUCUCACAAGUGGAGACUUAGACAAGUUUGCUUCUGUGCUCCGUGAACAACAAGAGAUGCGAAGAGAUCGUGAAAGACAGAGAAUUCGAUUGCUUACUGCAGAUCCAUUUGAUAUGGAAGCUCAGAGGCUCAUUGCAAAUGAAAUUCAGCAAGAGAACAUCAAUGCCAACAUGGAAGCAGCAAUGGAGUAUAACCCAGAGAGCUUUGGCACCGUUCAUAUGCUCUACAUCAACUGCAAGGUUAAUGGGCAUGAUGUGAAGGCUUUCAUUGACUCAGGUGCACAAACCACUAUCAUGUCUCAGGCAUGUGCAGAGAGAUGCAACAUAAUGAGGUUGGUGGACACCAGAUGGGCUGGCAUAGCAAAAGGUGUUGGAACUCAGAAGAUUAUUGGCCGUGUCCACAUGGGCCAGAUACAGAUAGAAAAUGACUUCCUUGCAUCCUCAUUUAGUAUACUGGAAGAACAGCCAAUGGACAUGCUUUUAGGGCUGGAUAUGUUAAAAAGACAUCAGAUGUGCAUUGACUUGAAAAACAAUAAACUGCACAUUGGGACUACGGGCACAGCUACAACCUUCCUAAGUGAAAGUGAACUACCAGACUGUGCUCUGACUUCUCUUUCGGAGGAGGAGGCUCGUCGCCAAUCAGAAAAGGCAGCCAAAGAGUCAGAGGACCGUGCAUUGGCCGAAGCUCUGGCCGCUAGUUCCAAGGAAGCAGAGCAACAGCAGUCUUCCAGCCCCCCCAGUGAUGCAGCAGCCCCUGCCACAGCCCCUGCUGCAGCCCCUGCCGCAGUUCCAGAAGCUACAGCUCAACAAGACAACUUCUCCGAGUCAGAUAUUCAAGAAAUUAUGCAAAUUGGGUUCACUAGAGUUCAGGCCGUUGAAGAACUUAGACGACAAAAUGGGAAUAAGACUCAAGCAAUAGCUGCACUUUUUGCAAAGUCAUUCAAAAUGUAGUUCCUUAUUUUUUUUAGAUAUGAGUUACAUGUUUAGCAAUACUAUUUCAAAAAGUUAUGGUUCUUAUUUUGCAAUAUAUUAUAGAUGGUCAAUAUUUCUGGUAAGGGUUUAGAGUUUCUUGGAUAUUGUGAAGUGAAUAUAGACAUGGCUCGUAUUGAGCCUUUUAUCAAAUGUGUAAUAUGUUUGAAGACUGAGGU